AUCGAACAUAUGAGACAUCGGCGGCUUCGGCCACGGCGGCGGCGGCGGCUUGGUUCGGUUGAACCCCGUCGAUCUCUAUCCCUCUCUUACUCUCUCUCGUGUUCCUCUUCACUACCACUUCUAGAAGCUUCCUCUACUUCUUCCAUCUCAAUUCCUCUUCUAUUUUUCUGAGAUUGUAUUUGAAUUUGAUUGUUCUUGAGAUUACUGAGUUGGAAGAAGAGGCUGUUAACAAUCUGGUAUCAGAGCCGUUCGGUUCACUGGGAUUUUUGUCAUGGAGGUGUUGGGGAGGCAGCCAUGCAAGAUGGAGCAAGAAUUGAGUUGGGAAGGUUUUCAUCCAAGCAUCGCCCACCAACUGCUCGAUGGAAUGCCAAGCCAACCUGGGAUGUCCAAGGAAGAUCAGAGGAUAUCAGAGCCCGUUCUCAUCAAUACCACCAUGAAUAAAGAGGAGAAAUGGCUAGAUGAAGCUUUGGAUCGGAUAUUGGAGAAGUUUGAACAAAUGGAGGCCAAGCGCCGGCAAGAGGACAAGCUCAAUCAAAAUUUUCAGAAGUUGGAGGAGAUAGAGGCUCGUAGGAGCAAGGCUUCCGAGGAGACGAUUGCUGCCAUCAGGGCAACCACCGCCAUUCUCAAGGCUGCAUCAUCUUCGACACCUAUGGCACCACCUCCUCCAGCGCCCACCAACUGUUUGAUGGAAUGCCACAACAACAACUUCACUUGGGUGGCAGUGAAUUCAAGUCACAUCCGCGAGGUACCUGCCCCGAUGGUUGCCUUCGAGCUUGGGGACGUCGAGGACAAGGAUCCUGUCCCCUACAUUGCCGCCAAGGACCUUCCCAAGGUCACGCCCACCAAGUGUUCGACGAUAUGUUCCAGCUCCGACACCAAGCCUGAUCACACUGUGGCUACUGUGGUUACUUGCGCCACCCUUGUCGUGUCAUCAAUGGAGUUGGUAGCUAUUGACGGCACCACUGGCAGCACCAACAUUGACACCCCUGAUAGUACCAAGGCGAUGCCCGCCAACUGUUCGACAGUUGGCCUUGAUGUCAAGGGUGGUGCAGACCACGCCAGGGUCACAUGCCAGAUCAUGAUGGGUGUGCCUGAGGGUGUUGUAUUACCUGAUGCAUCAUCCGAAGUCUUGUCGCCAUGGUUGAUCGCUGAAAUGGACCUUGCCAAGCUGAUGCCCACUGAGUGUUUGAUGAAAUGCCUCAAAGCUAUCAAGAAGUUGCUGGUGGGGCAUCCCAAGAGAGAUCCUUGGCCACCUCCCUGGUCAGGUGGUGUGGUUAGAGGAGGGGAGGUGUGGCACAUCCCAUGGUAUGUACUCGAUUCCUUUUGGACAAGUGUAGGUUUGAUGCCACCAUGGCCACCUCCAACCUGUGAUGGAGUGAUUAAUGGAUGGGAUUUGCAGCCUAUGGCUGGUCCAGAAUUCAAACUCAAUUGGUCAAGGGUACAUCAUUUGCCACCUUGGCUGCCACCUACCGAAGUAAGUUGUCUUGCAUUGGUAUGUCAAGGUAAUGUAAUGAUUCUCACUGAGCUGAAGGAUAUUAAUUUGCACCGUGGUGAGUUGAAGCCAUGGCCUCCACCAAAUCAAACAAAUUGUAGAAAUACUUUUGUUCAGGCUGCGCAAUGCAAGUGCUGGAAAACUAGAGUGGGAAUGAGUCUAUGUGCUAGGAUGGAGCAGUGGAAUUUGUUGAAUCAGGAAAGUUGCACAAUGGUUGCAGUAUCUAGCCUGCAGGAGCAUAUUAAUGGGCAAGAACAAAUCUUAUGCAAACCUUGGAAUCCAAGAGACAACAGGACCUCAAUUGACAUAAUUCUGUUGAAUAGUUGGUCUCUAGUGCACUGCUAUCAUCUGGGGCAUAUUGUUGGCCUUACAUGUCUUGAAGCUUUGGCCAUUCUAGUUUGCCAUGAGAUGGUUAAGUUUGGGUGGGCUGGUACUGUGUACAGUGACCAAGACAGGCAUACAGUUGUCAGGCCAGCAAGAGCAUUUGUCAGGCAUGAGCUUGGCAUCGGGAAUGGUUCACAUAUACUACAUGUUUCAGAGGCUGGAGCAAGAUGUGGGUCCAUGAGGAAAUUGCUUGAACUGAUAAGGAAUGAGAGGACUUUCCAAAUUAAAAUUAUGGUGAAGAACUUAUUGCAAGAGGUAAAUAUGAUCAGCAGUUUUGACACUUCUAUACUUGAGAUGAACACACAUGUUCUGAAAUAUUCAGCUUCUACUCAAGUACUUGAUGCACAUGCACUGAAUAUUUGUAAGUCAAUUGGGCUGCUGAAUCUUAUGACACACAAGCAAUUGCAGUGCCUGCUCAUACACAGGACAUGGAAAUUUCUACUUAGUGUUAUUGUCGUUGUCCAUGGGAGCAGAGGAUCUAGUUUCAAGGCUGGACUACACUUAUGUGCAAUUUCAAAAAAAUAUCUUACAUAUAACAGUAUGGCUAUAUGGGAUACUAAGUUGCUUGGCAUGACUAGGAAGGACCAGUGCUAUGAAAAGAGCCAAACCAAUCAAAGGUGGAUGCCAAAAGAGUGCUGGGCAAAAAACGAUCAAUCAAAAGCAUGCAAUUUUGCUCCAAAGGAGUUAUAUCGAAGCAACAAUCUUAGCACCCAUCAGUUUGUUCUUCAGGAAGAUGACUAUUGGAAUUCUAGAUGGUUCACAUACAUCUGCAAUAUUUUGCAUCGGCUUGAGGACAAGCCGAAUUCUAAGAAGAGGGGAUUGUUAGGAACUCAAUUGGGUUGUACAUGGGCUAUGUUAGCCAUACUACAAGCCCAGCCCAUGGAGACUGAAGAAAGGAUACAAAAGGCAGCAGCAGCCCUGCUCGAGGCAUCGAACAGAUGAGACAUCGGCGGCUUCGGCCACGGCGGCGGCGGCGGCUUGGUUCGGUUGAACCCCGUCGAUCUCUAUCCCUCUCUUACUCUCUCUCGUGUUCCUCUUCACUACCACUUCUAGAAGCUUCCUCUACUUCUUCCAUCUCAAUUCCUCUUCUAUUUUUCUGAGAUUGUAUUUGAAUUUGAUUGUUCUUGAGAUUACUGAGUUGGAAGAAGAGGCUGUUAACACAAAACUAUAUACUCCUAAGUGUUUGUUCUUUUGUGUGGA